UCACUUCCUUUCAAAACCAAGAGCUCUGCGCGCUCGUCGUGAGCGAUACGAGCCGCUGUGACAGGAAAUAACCUCGAUGAUGGAAAGUUCUUCUUUUCAGCCAAGUGUGAGGAGGACAACGAUGAAGAUGGCAUCGGUUUCUGUCGUCUCGGCGUUUCUGCUCUGCUGCUCCGCCGUCGCCUCCCAAGGUUGUGACCGGACUCUUGCAGAGGGCCAAAGCUUCAGUGUUCCUCUGGAUACCAAAGGAAAAUCUAUUGAGACUCUUAAGUGGAAAUUUAAUGGCACCAUAAUAAUUUAUAAAAAACCAGAAAGGUUCAUUAUUGGUAAGGCUGAUGAUAUUACUGUAGAUGGAUCCCUCAAACUGACAAAUCUGAAGAAGAACCAAUCAGGACUUUAUAUUCCUGAGAUUUUUGAUAAAAAUGGAAAAUCACAGACCCUGAAGAGCACACACCUAUGUGUACUGGAUCCUGUGAAGAAGCCUAAACUAACUGCAACGUGUCAGGAUGAAAAAGUAAAGUUUGUAUGCAAUCUUGGCAUCCCAGGCCUCCCAGAUGAAUUGUGGGGAAUAAGUAUCUGGGUCUUUGUAGGUGGUGGAGGAGGUAUUGUUAUUUUGCUGAUCAUCACUGCCGUUGUUUGCUGCGUCCAAACUAAGAGAACAAGGAAACUACGCCUAAAAGAUGAGGAGGAGCUCCGUUUGGAGUGGACCAACACCAGUCACCAUCCCAAUCAUCCGCCUCUUCCUAACCAUCCUCCUCCUCAUCAUCCCAACCGUCACCAUCAUCAUCAGCACCAGCAGCAGCAGCAGCAGCAGCAGCAGCAAGAGCAGCAACAGGCACCGGGCAACACCGGCCCUCGACAGAGCCGCACCAAGCAAAACCGCCAACCUCGAGCCCGAGCCCCUGAACCCAACAGCCAACCUCAGCCCAGCCCCCGAAGAACCGGGCAGGCACAGAAACCUGCCAGUGACGCCGAUGACGAGCAGCCUCCUCCUCUUCCUCAGCCCAGGAAGAAAGGAAACAAACCUCAACUAGAUUAAAAAUCAUCUGAGAUAAAGUUAGACACAGAAGUUUUAUUCCUCCUGAUUUUCUGGGCUGCUCCACUUUAAUGUUCAUUUUGUGUGUGUGUGUGUGUGUGUGUGUUCAAACUAAAAAAACUUCAGCCCAUGCAGAUUAACAAACUACAACCUGCGAUAUCGUUGAAAAGCUUUAACGCUGAACUCAAACUAAACAUGUUCAAACUCUUUCUGACUUCUGUUAAAAUGCCACUUUUGAUAUUGAUAUAUUGAUGGGAUCUCCUACAGUUAGUGCUGUUUUCAUACAGCAUGUAAAGUAAUGACUCAUCGAGACUAAAAAUGUCCUUUUAGUGUGUGGUUACUAAGACCACACAUUGCCAAGUAUCAGUAUUCUCUCUUUAAUGAGAAAAUACCGAGAUAUAUGCACUGAAAGACAAACUUAAAUCUCCGAGCCUUCGAUUUCAGAACUUGAUCUGAACUUGAUCAAAUUCAGUCUUGAAUUUGAAAACAACAGCAGUUUGGAUUGAUCUGACUGAAAAAUAACGCUGAUGGGAUUUUCUUUUUACAUAAUUAAAAUCUGUGUGGCUGAUCAUGUCGUUUUUGUUUGUUUUGUUUAAAUGUUUCAAACCCAGGAGAAUCUCAUGCUGGCCUAUAUCUAUGUAUAUUUUUUACUUUUUCUAUUUUCUAAGCGAAAAUGAAAACAGGACUUGCUAGGCACAGAUCGAAGUGGGAGAUGUAUUCUGUGGACACAUUUUUCAGUUGCUGCAUCAAACUAUUUGAGAGUUUCUUUGUAUGUGUGUAAAAAAAAAAGAAAUGUUGUCAUGUAACUAAUGAAUUCUGUUUACUUUAAGACAAACUCCUCUCAGUCCAAAAAAAUACUAACACGGAGCGCAUCGUGUGUUUAAUUUGCAAAUGGUGGUCAACAGUAGAGACAGGCGGCUAAAAUCACUCAAUGGUAUGUGAAAAUUUGGAAGUGUCAACUUUUAAAAAAACAAAAAAAACAAAACCCUUUAUCAUUUUUUUCUCUUUUUUUUACCAUAUAUUCUAGGAAAGCAAAUGUUGCAUUUGAAAACUUGCGAUGCGUUUCUUGUUUCGAGGAAAUUGUUCUGGGAUGCCUGGAGGAUCCAUCUUAUUGGUGCGCUUCCAUUUAGCCAAACUAUCUAACUUUAGUUUAACUUUGUCUUUGUCUGCUUCUGUUUUCUAUUUAAAUGCCGCUUGUGGUGCACAUUAAGGUACGUUAAGGUUGUUCCGAAUUUUCCCAAGUGAUUAUCUGGUGAUAAAGGCAAGUGACCUUUUUUGUAUUUUUGUUAUAUACAAAAAACAAAAGGAUCUCAACCUCCAUUAUUUAUCUUUAUUGUCUUUGUUCCAUCAUUGCAAUGCUGUAAUGUUUUGUUCUCUUUGUAACUUUAAAAGUACAAAAAUAAAUAAAAAAAUAUGUAGCAUGGUA